AUGAUGACUGCAAAGCAGGCAACUGAAGAAACCAAUGCCCCAGUGUAUCGGAAGAGGAAGCUUGCCCCCAAGUCUGCAAUUCCCAGCGCGCGGCCACCACCCGACGGGAUACGCAUAUCUCAAGCGAGUGACGAGCAAGAAAUCUCCCCUUGCACCACAUUACCGACAAUUGCAUCGGUCGCAAAUUCUACUCUGACCCCUGCCUCGGCACCGACGCAGAAGUCUUCUCAGCCGAAGAACGCAGAUACUGUUCGUGAUGCGUCCCGAGAAGCUCCUGGCACUAUCUCGCAUGCGAGUCACGAGCAGGACUGGACUUCGUCGCAUGCUAGAAUGCUCGAUAGCCUGCUUAAGCCGCCGCGUGAGCUCCUUGAACGAGCCGCGCGAUACUUCCUGGACGGAUCAGCAAUUCUAUUCAACUACUUUUCCGAAGACGAACUCCAGACUCUGUUUGAUCAGGCAUACUCACCGACCGAGUGCGUUCUUUCCCGAAUUGCUCUUUGUCAGCUGAGUGCGACAGCUGCUACCGGUUGCCAAUAUUAUCCGGAGCAUUUUGACGAAGACACUCGCAAAGCAUUUUUGGCAAUAGUGCGAGUUACGCUCGAUGACUGUCUCGAAGCAGCUCCUCUCUGUGGUAUGCGUGUGAUGGCGCUGCUGUGCAUGUAUUUCACUUUUGAGAAACGAAAUGCAGCCUUAGCCUAUGCCGAGAUGGGUCUCCGGAUUGCACGAGUCCACCGCCUGAACCAUUUGUCGGGGGAAGCAGAAUCUCCAUGCUGGAGAAGAACGGUCAACAGUUUGGUGUUUAUGAACUGCUGGGUCUCCGCCACGACUGGCCAUCUCCCAGAGUCGAUCUUGCUGGACCAGUCCCACGCCGUCCUCUUCGACUCCCACCAAGGCACGACAGUAGACAUUGUCCAGAACCAGAUGGUCAAACUGGCCAUUCUGACAGGUCUGAUAUUACAAGACGUCUACCACGCCAGACUCGUCACGGCAGGGACGCUGAAAAUGUACCGCGGCAAACUUGAAGCCUGGCUUGUGAACUUGCCCGAAUUCAUGCAGCCAGCAUCCCUCCUCAAAGACAGCACGGACAAUUCUCUCUGA